AGUGAUCCGGCUAAAUUAGAUAAAUUAAAUUCGUUGGUCUGGCCAGCCCUUGCAGAUGAAGUAAACGAAUUAAUAAAGUCGUCGUCGACUGAUAUCGUAAUUGUAGAAGCAGCAAUUUUAAUAAAAGCUGGAUGGGAGUACAUGUGUCACGAGAUUUGGGCAUCAAUUGUUCCUCCAGAGGAGGCAGUAAAAAGAAUUUCUGAACGAAAUAAUUUAACGCCAGAGCAAGCCAAGCAACGAAUUGACGCUCAACCACCAAAUAAAAAUUAUGUCGAGGCUGCAAACGUAGUUUUCUGUACCUUGUGGCCAGAAGACUUCACACGGUCACAAGUAGAUAAAGCUUGGAAUUUGUUAAAGAACCGAUUGCCUUAAUAUUCAAUUUAACGAUAAAAUUAUUUUGACAUGUAUGAUAAAUAGAUAGUGAAUUCUAUAUUUUUUGUUAAAUUGUUAUCAGUUAUUACUGAUUUUCAGUGUACUUAGAUAAUAGGCGGUAGGAUUUGGAAUUGUCUGUUAGGUAUGGGAUUUGUACUUUUUUAAACUUUGGGUAAUUACCAGAAAAAAAUAUCUAUUUCCAAAAAUGUAUAUAAAAUGUAAAAAUUGCUUAUUAAACGCAAUAAAAAAUUGAGAAAAAAAUUGUCUGG